AAGAUACAACGUAGAGCUCGCGCCUUGAUAUUGAAUGCGGAUAUACUCCAUUUAGGGAUAGUUUGUUAUCACGAAAGUCAAUAGGAGGGUUAAAGAUGCAUAGAGGAAGCCUUAAAUAAACUUUGUAGGCGUAAAAAAACUUCAUUAUCCGAUUAGAAGUGGUAUGCCGAAGGACGCUGGGAAGUAACCAAGGUUUUCGUUCGAUACUUAUAUAUGAUGAUGGUAUAAAAUUGAAAUAAAUAAAUGGCCACUACCCCACACCGCUUGAAUGCAACACUUCCAGCUAACACUGGUACAUUCCUUGCCGAAGAUGGAAGGAAAUGGUCAUCGUUAGACAUGCAUCAACAGGGACCUGAACCUUUCCAAUCCAUACCUGCACAAGAACUGCUCAAAGACAACUGUAGCAAAUGUGGUUGGAUAAGGAAAGAGGGUGGAAGUGUAAAAUCAUGGCGAGACAGAUAUGUCAUCUUGCACAAAGGCUCCCUGUAUUAUUACAAUACUUCGGAUGCUAAAACCACAAAUGGCAAGUUUUCCCUCAGUGGAUACAGGUUGUCCCCUGCACCGGAGAAAACUUCCAAAUUUCCAUGGACUUUUAAACUAGUUCAUUUACAACCAGAAAAAAGGACUUACUACUUUGCUGCUUAUUCUGAACAAGAAAUGACUGAAUGGAUGGACAGUAUAAUAAGUGAUAUGAGAGAAUACUGUGGGACAGGAAGACAAAACAUUGUUGAGCCAAAUGAUAAUUCAGACCUGGAGUAUUGCUAUCCAGAAGUACAACCUAAAUUUGACAUGCAACAAUUAGCAGCAAUGUUUGGAAAACCUCAACCACUAUGUACAUCAGAUGCAUUGUACUGUCCACCCCCUGAAAUGGACUCUUCACAAGUGCAAAGAAAGCCCCUUCCUCUUCAAAGACCUGCAUUUCCUUCACCUAAGCCAGUUAGAGGGGGGUUCAGCUACACUGGUAGCCCAGCUCCCAUGCCAGGCCAGGGAGCUGCUUCAAUAGGGGCAGUCAGGCAAUCUCCUCAGGUGGCAAGUCCUGGUUUCCCCCGCAAAAUAAAUGAGCCUCCUGCUGUACCUUCAAGGAUGGGAAAACCACUAGCACCUCCUAAACCACUACCUCGACCACCACCUCUGAUGCGGCAUACCACCGAACCCAUAACGAGGUUUCCAUCUUCGCCCUGUGGAGACCAAGAAGAAGAAGAAGGUGAAGGUUACUUGGACAUAGUUCCAGACACAAAUCCUGAAGAUGUCAAUGACAAGCAGUCCACCUUGUCAAGGUCUGUCCAGGGAUAUCCUGAUGGACGAAGCAUCCGACGGCAUCACAAUGAGGGAGUUCUUCCUUCCUCGGCUGUGAAACUCGACGUGGACAAGAUCCAAGUUGGGGCUCUCUUGGAAAAUAAACUCGGAGUCUACAUAUUGCGUAAAAGUCAGAACGCACAGUCAGAGCGGGCUCUGUCCGUGUGGACUGGAGAUCGAGUACGACACUACAUGGUGUUUCAGGAUGAGAAGGGCUAUGCUCUUGAUCCUGAGGGCGUGCGAUGUAAAACAAUUGAGGACCUUUUAAAACACUUCUACGACUUCACCUUACCAAGAUGUGACGUGAAACUUAAAGCGCCCUAUAAAUAGACAUGAUUUGAUUGGACUAUAGGCCAACAUCAAAUAGAGGACCAUGGAGUAACCAGUCAGAGUCGACCAUAUCCUUCAUCUGUUAAAUUCAUUAUCGUAUUAGCUGAAGGUGCUAAUUAAUCGUGUGGGGUGUUAUCAAGCGGUUGGUGUUUUGCGAAGGCCAGACUUUAAUUUUAUAUCAAAAUUAUUGCAAAUUCAACAUGAAACGAUACGAUUCUAGGCGAGGCUCUGACAAUAACCUCGAAUAUUCCUCAGAGCUUUGUAGUGAUGACAAUUCCUUUACCUUGUAUUUUGAAGUGAAACAAUUGGACAAUUUUGCGACUUCCUAAAUUUUCUCCAGUAAGUUUGUUUAUUUUUUAGACAGAAUACUUCCUCAAAAUACAUAGAUAUAAAGAUAGCUACUUAAUAUGUUCCCAGAGAAGGGUAUAAAAUUAACAAAAGUAAAUCCCCUGUGGUAUUUAAAAAGCCUCAUCUUCUUCUAGUUUAGGUACUGGACUUAUCUAAGUUCUUAUAAUAGAUGAUCGUUAGUUGUUGUGCACUGACGGCUUUUGCUACUCCUAGCAGGUAUAUGGUGUUAACUUUAUGUUUUGAAAUUAGGAAAAUGUAGUAGAAGGAUUAUAAUGUUAAUAGAAUCUCAUAAAGUGGGAGAAAUAUCUGCUCAUAAUUGUCUUCAAAUAGUCUUCAUGAAUGCGAAACAAGGACUUCAAUGUAGAUUAAAAUAUUCUAUACCAAUUUGUGGGCUGGUUCCGCUUUUGCUGCAUAGCAAACGCCAAUAUAAUGGCAACUUCAAACCAAUAUGCAGUGCAUUGUGUUGGAAAUAAGACACCAUAACAGAGAUUUACGUUAACAUUUUGCUAAUUAUGUGGAAAGAAUGAACGUAAAUUUUUAUUGAAUUCUUUUUAAACUAGCAACUGUACAGUACAAUUGACAAUUAAUCCGAAUUUUGCUUUGAUGCAUACAGAUGGUUGAUGCCAACUGUUGAUAUACCUUGAAAAAAAAUUUCCUUGAAAGUUAAGUGGGUCAAAUUUUUUACUGGAGUUAAUAGAAUCAAGCAUCGCGUAUUUGGUUAUCAUUUACUUUUGUCUUCGCAAUGUAAUCGAUGAUCAUUCUCCUGAAUUGUAUUGAACAUUAAAUCGUACCUAACUUAUGAUUUAUUUUACGUAGUCAGAGAAAUACGAGUAAAAUAAUUUUAUAUUUUGAUAAUUAGCUACAUUUGAACCUUUUUGAAAUUUUGAAAUAAAGCUAUAUUUUCCAUUCGAUA